AUGACAGAGGCCCUUGAGGGUUCUAUACUGGGGGGUACGGGGCUGCAUGCACGGCGGCAUUCUGCUGAGCCCGAGGGGGCCCCCCCAGAGGACGAUGAGGAGGCAGCAGUGCGUACCUUCAUAGAGGCCCAGGUAUUCAUCAGGGACCUCACACACACCAUACGCAAAACCCUCCAGCUGCACCCCACACACAAGCGAGAGAGGGGCCCCCUGGGGGCCCCCGCAACAGGGGGGGCCCCCCCAGGUGGGGCCCCUACUGUGGGGGGCACCCCAGGGGCCCCCGGGGUGGGGGGGCCCCCAGGGGCCCCCGGGGUGGGGGGGGCCCCAGGGGCCCCCGGGGUUGGGGGGCCCCCAGGGGCCCCUGGUGUGGGAGGGGGCCCAGGGGCCCCCGGGACGGGGGGGGCCCCAGGGGCCCCCGUAGGUAAGAGUGGUGUAUCAGUGGAUGAUAGUGAAGCAUCUAUUCCUUUUCCUUCUUUUUCUGAUUUGUUGCUUCUUCUCUGCUGUCUUCGAUGUUUGCUAUUUAUAAAGAAGUUUCUCUGCCCCCCAAGGCCUUCUUACCGGCUGGCUUUCCUGCUGUGGAGACAGAGGGAGAGGAGACAGUUGAUGGGGAGGAGACAACUCAGCUGUCUCCUUUCAGCAGCAGCACCAGCAGCAGCAGAAGCACCAGCAGCAGCAGCAGCAGCAGCAGCAGCAGCAGCAGCAGGGGCAGCAGCAGCUGCUGCAACGCAAUAA